CCAACUGGCUCUCUCUGCUCACAGAGACACUAACACAUUAAGUCCUGUUCCAGCGUGUCGCUACCUCCUGCAGCUGCCUGUUCUGUAGCAUUCCAAGCAGCCCCUGAACAUGAACUAGCUUCUCCUUUGCAGAUAUGCAUGAUUUAAACAGUCCAACUAUUUCUUUUUUUGCUUUUCCUGGAUAAGAGUCAGGCCAGGAGUGUUGUCUUAGAAAAAUAAAGAGUGGAAUUAAAUGAUUGGUUGCCUGAAUUUUAAAUGAAAUGAAAUGUUAUGUUUUAUUUGUGCAUGUGCGCUGGACUGGGGGGCGUAGCCCAACCCUGCACCCGCCUCUAUCCAGCUGUGCUGCCCCCAUCCAAUAACCGCCACGGCUAUUCCUGUUCCUGUGGGCACUUGGCCAUACAAUUCUUGCAUGACGACUGAGUCCUUUUGCUGGAGUACAUAGGAAGAAGUACUUUCCAUAAGCUUGGAAACCAGCUUAAAAGGCAGCAGGGACAAUUGAAAAAGUUUAAAGACAAAGCAGGUUUUUCUCAUUUGUCGAAGGAUAACAGGAAGUCGUUACAGGGCUGCCUCCAUGUUCAGCUGGCUGCAGUGAGAUUGUCAGAUCGAGACCAGCCUGCACACUCAUUUACAUUCAGACUGCGAUACAGAAGAACGAGUUUCUUUACAGCCAUAAUCAUCUGAGCAAUGGCUUAUUAUUCCGAUGGAGAGACCCAGACCUCACUCGCCGACCUCUUGCUGGGUUAUCUGGAGGAGCUCACUGAAAAAGACCUGAAGAAGUUAAAAUAUAACUUGAUUAACCUGGUGUAUAAAAAGUAUCAGCGUAUUCCCAAGGGUCAGCUGGAGAAUUUGGACAGAACAGACCUAGCCGACAAGAUGAGAGAUCACUACGGUGAAGCUGAUGCUCUCAAUGUCAUGUUUCAAAUCCUGAAGAAGAUGAACCUGAAUAAUCUUGCUCAGAGAGUCAAUGAAGACCUGAAUAAGCGUCCCCAAGCAGGAAGUGAGCGGGCAGACAUACCAGAGGAGGCUCCUCGUCCAGUGGUCCCUAAUCAGAUAGAUGUGCUGUUUGUAGACCAACACAGGACAGCCCUCAUCCAGAGAGUGACACUGAUUGACCCCAUACUGGACGACCUCCAUGGGCAGAUCAGCGGGGAAAAGUACAACAACAUACGUGCUGGCAGUACCAGCCAGGACAGGAUGAGGAGGCUGUAUGAGGCGUUAAACACUGUUAGGCUGAAAGAGCUUUUCUUUGACUCCCUGAAGAAGAAUGAACCACACCUUGUCUUAGACUUGGAAAUGAAUUGACUGGAUUUCAGAUAUUAAAAGGUCUUUAUUAGCUAAAAUGUUGUUUCGGUGCCUUUGAAUGUAUGCAGCAUGUAGGCAAGCAAUUUGGCAGCGCCCCCUACUGAUUUUAUUGUUCAAAGAAGAAGAAAAUUUCUCAGUUUGCUAUGCUGUUUUUGUACUAUUUUCAUUUAAAAUAAAUGGUUAAAAUGA